AUGCAGCACGUAACGGAUUUUGAUGACGCUGUCAGACAAGUGCUUCAUCUUUUGCAUGAUAGCGAUGGUACCGCACAAGGCAAAAUUAAAGCAUUCUUCUUUCGUGGCUGGCGUGGCGAGGGUUUGGGAGCGUCUGCUGUUCUUAGAGCUGUAGCCCAACGCCUAAAAUCUACAAGAACUGAUUCUGACAUGAGAAAGCAUUUUGGUAAAAUUAUCCACGUCGAUUGCUCUCUGUGGAAAAAUAGAAGGACGAUGCAGAGGGCAAUUGCAGAGGAGUUAAACCUUCACAACCUAAUGCACGUGUUUGAUGAGCGGGAUAAAGAAGAUGAUUUCAGAGGAGUAGAUGACAGCUCUAGAGCAGUGAUGUCCAGUUCUGUUGAUAUACAUAUGUAUUUUGAGGGAGACGAAUAUAUUUGGAAGUCACAAGUGCAUGCUUUAUUGCCCAAGGAAGCUGCUCAAGUGAUUGGUUACACCGGCAUGGAUGAAAUCAGCCCAUCAAUAUAUGUGGAUUGCUUUUUGUACUCACUGUUCCUGACAGAACAACUACGUGGAAACUCCAUCAGUGUUGACUAUGGUUGGGCUACUCAUGCUUGCAACUACUGGAUAUGUGAUGGAAUACUUGACGGGAACAGAGCUUGGGAGGUUGGCAAUGCCUUGUAUGGAGUGAUACCACCGUUGGGCCAUUUUUCAGUGGAAACAGAAAUUUUGGCAUGUUCGUUGGACCGAAACAUAAAACCCUACCAAGGCUGGAAUUCAAUCACCUUGAACAAGCAAGCAGAACAGAAUAUCUCUACUGUUCCUGUUAAUGCAUCAUCUUAUUUCCUAACAUUUGCGGGUGAUGGUCGGCCAAAAGAACUACAAAAUGAUUUGUUUCAACUAGCCAGCGACCUCCGUGUGCUAAAACCCUGCAAGUGCAGCUUUGAUUUUUCAUCCCCGCCUUUCCGCUGCUGCCAAAAGCUAAGAUUCCUAUGGCUUGACAAUUGCACAAACACAGGGAAGGAGAAGGGAGAAGGGGCAUGUUUCCCAGAUUUGCUGGUGCUUGACUUACGUUCCACAAAUUAUGUCUUGUCGCCACAGAUGAUUGAACUGAUGACCAAUCUCAGGGAGCUAAAUACAAAGGGAGUCUCAUGGAGGACUCUAUGUCGUCACUUCUGGAAAAAGCUACAGAAUCUUCAGAAGCUCCGGUUAACUGAAUCUUCAGAUUUGAUCACACUGGACAAUUGCUCUGCCGUAGACAUGAUGAAUCUGGAGCUCCUUGACUUUUCUGGCAACACUCACAUGGAAUCAUUGCCUGAAAUGUCAUCAGCAAGAAGCCUGAAGGUGCUUGUUCUUGAUGGUUGUUCCAGCUUGAAGGAUGUUGCAUUGGAAAGAGCUCAUCCAUUACUUGAGAGUUUUAGCUUCGAUGGUUAUGGUCCGGCAGCUAACUGGACUCAGGCAAUACAACUACCAAGAAAGGAAUUGCGCCCAAAGUCUCGCGUGGAUCGAAUUGAAGAAGCCAAGGUGACAAAGAUCUCCCUAGAGGGUUGUACUCGACUGCAUAGCAUAUUCUUGCAUGCAUUGUUCAAUCUCAAGGAGUUGGACGUGUCAGGUACGGCCAUCAAAACAAUUGAUCUUGGUGCAAUGGAUGUCCCACAGCUUAAGAAGCUAUUCCUACAGGGUUGUGAGCAACUCUGUAGGCUAUUCUGGGGCCUCAGGCGGCUACCAGCUGUAGGCUCUAAGCUACCGAUGGUAGACUGCGACAAGGACUGGUGGGAGAGGCUGGAGUGGGAUGGCUUGGAGGCCAACCAUGACACGUCGCUCUUCCAAACACGCCACUCGGCUUACUACAAGAAGACCCUCCCGAGGGUCUCGGUUCUAAGGUAA